AGGUUCGUUUGACUCGAAUUAUCACCUAACCACUCCAUCCUAUCCUGAAAAAGUCGACUCCCUUUUCUUGGGGUGUGUUUUUACAAAGACCCUAAGUAAGUAGAUGCAAAGUCAUAGACGACAUCAUUUCUAGGUAUUUACAACGAAGGAAUUUCAUAUAUUAAUUGAGUUCUAUAAUUUGGGUGAACUAUCAGCUCUGGUCGUUCUUUUUCUGGAUUCUCUUCCUCAUUUGCCAAAAUCAUGAAGAGCUCUAGUGUGCAUGGGCAUGCGCACGGCCAUAACCACCCGCACCGUGCGAACGUGCAGAUGAGACAAGGUAUGGGAUCAGCGCACAUGGAAGCUGCUCAUGCGAUGGCGGCUGCGGCGACCCACCACCAAGCAAACGAGGAGAUGCCAACGCGAAAGGUGCAAGCCGAAGGUGAAGCGAUGCAGGACCGCGGGAUGCCGAAAGACGACCGGCUUCGCCAACCCUACGAAUACGAUCCUGCCGCAGCAAAAGGCAAGGAUCAGCCGCCCAGUAGUCCAGUAUCAGCAGCAUCGACAAUGCCUGGAUCGUACUGCGCUUCUGAUUGUUCUUUAUUGCUUCUAGAUAGGUAUAGGUUUAUGAUGAUCUAAUUCGAAAUUAAGGGCCAAUCUUUAAAGACUUGAAGUAGAAAUAGCAAAUGACAAAGUAGUCACAGUCAGUAACCUGUGGUUCGCUGACUCGUAUAUCUAAGUGCGGUUUAUUUUUCUCUAGGCUUCUCCUACGCACAUCACAUUACAGGUACACGAGUGCAUCCUCGACGAGCUCUGGUCUGAUGUCAAAAAAGAAUAAGAAGGGAGGCGAUGGCGAAGAGCCAGCGUCUUUGACGCAGAAGGUAAAGACACUUGUGUCAGAAAAUAAGCACAAUAUUGCGAUGGCAGCCGUGACCGCAUUGUCGGUGGGUGCAGCUUAUUACUACCUAUCUGAUGUCGGGGGUAUGAGUUCGGCUGCGAAAUCCUCAACUACAUCGACCAGUUCAUCUUCGACGUCAACGAAGAAAGAGACGAACACAUAUCACUUCAAAGUCACAGUCCCGACCGUCACGACAGAAGUGCGACACGGAUGAGCUAGGUGGUUCGAAAUGUCCAUUUUUAUGUGGUGCGAGUUCUCAUUCUCGAAUCAAUCUGACCAAUAUCUAACGAUUACUAGAAAGCAUUUGAGUAAAUUUGAAUUUCUCUUUGGAUGAUGAUGCCUACUUUGAGAACGGAUUCUUGUUCAGUUUCUGAAUCGAAAAAGAUGGGUAAGUCCGGUCAUAGUCUUAUAGCAUCGAGCGUAAACUACGAUCUAUCAUUUUUUCUUCAUACAAUGUAUCUACAAAGAUUAUUGGAACGAAGGCCGCUAUCCUGCAGGUUCUUUACGUACCGAGCACUGAGAUCAGAGAGAACGAUCAGUAACAUCAUAUUUGUACAGAUUCCCUUUUGUAUUUGUAAGUAUCCUCAUCACACCAGAUUCUGGCCUCGACGUGAUCCUCUUCUGUCAGGAUAACAAAUGACUGAAAAUUUCCCUGACGCUGAUUCUUUUUUCAUAUCGCUGGUACUUUCAGCAUGACCGAUGGUGAAUUGAAACGCACAUGAAACAAUGAAGCG